AGCCACUGAAGAGCCUCCUCGCCCCCCCUCCUACCCCACCCUCUCGUCUUCUCCAAGAGCUCCCCUGGCUCUGACCCGUUUCCCAUCGACUAUAUACUAACCCCACCUCCCUCCUUCCCUCUCCCAAACUCUUCCUUCAAAAAUAACAAGAGAGAGGGAUGGCUGUCCAACACCAGCCAGGUUACUGCAAUAGCCUACGUGGUCCAAAGAAUACCUCCACCUCUUCCUACUGCUAUAACUCAUCAUUAAGUCCACCAUCUUUUAUUCCAAUUCUCUGGAGGAGGAAGAAGAGUGGAACGAAAGAUGAUCGAUCUGCUGCUAGAUUAAACAGCAGCAACAGAAGCCAGUUUGUCAUCAGAUCGAGCGGAGACACCGGCAGCGGCGGCCUCAGCUGGUGGCCUCAGCCUGAGAAAGGAGUACUGCCGGCCUCAAGAGUCAGCCUCAGCGAUGUCGUAUGGCCUUCAGCAGGUGCUUUUGCGGCGAUGGCGUUGUUGGGGAGGAUUGACCAGGUGAUGGCUCCGAGGGGACUGUCCUUCACCAUUGCACCGUUGGGGGCUGUAUGUGCUGUGUUGUUUGCUGCUCCCAAUUCCCCUGCUGCCCAGAAAUACAACAUGUUCGUUGCCCAGGUUGGUUGUGCAGCAUUUGGGGUAUUAGCAUUGUCAAUAUUUGGGCCAGGUUGGUUGGCUAGAGGAACUGCUCUUGCUGCAUCUAUAGCAUUCAUGAUCAUCACAGGUGCCACCCAUCCUCCAGCACUUCUUCACUGCAUAACUGAUUGUGUUUUACUAUGUGUUUGGGGAAUCGUAGCUGCAAGCUUACCGAUCUUGUUCAUCGAUGGUGCGAAGUUCCAUCAGCUGCAUCUUUGGUAUGCCUUGUUUCCUGGGGCAGCUGGUUGUGUGCUUCUGUGCUUAAUACAAGAGAUUGUGAUUUUUCUGAAGAACAGUUGCAAAUUCUGAUCAGAGGAGCAUGGUUCCACUAUUUUCAUUUCAUCAGUUUCCAAAUGACUGUACAGUAGAAGGGCUUCAUUUUGUCUACCACCAUUGCCCACGUCUCCAAUUUAGACUGCCAUAAUUUGGCUUUCACAUCGCAGCAUGCCUUCUCCAACAACAGCCAUUCAUUGCAGAACACUUGUAUUAAGAUUUUCAAUCAUCUAUGAAAUCUUCUUUCUUCAUUACUGGUGGAAGAUGACUAAUGACAAAAAGUUGUCAGUGUGUCAAAAUAAAUAAGCUUCUAACA